AUGAUGAUCUUUCUUUUCCUCCUCUUCUCCUGCAUCACUUUCCACCUAUACAAACUCAUAUUCCAAAACAGAUCGUGCUGCUACUUGCUCCACUAUGAGUGCUACAAGGCCACCGAUGACAGGAAGGUCGAUGCAGAAACCUGUGCCAAGAUCGUAAUGAGGAACAAGAACCUUGGACCGCAAGAACAAAGGUUAAUCCUCCAAACCAUGGUCAGGUCUGGCCUCGGCGAUGAAACGUACUGCCCAAGGAACAUCCUCGAGGGCAGGGAAGCUGCUCCAACACUCUCCGACUCCCUCUCCGAGAUCGAUGACAUCACCUUCGACACCUUGGAUGCCCUUUUUGCCAAAACCAAAAUCUCCCCAACUGACAUUGACAUCCUAGUGGUCAAUGUCUCUCUGUUUUCCCCUGCACCUUCUCUGACUUCCAGGGUUGUCAACACGUACAAGAUGAGAGAAGGCAUCAAGACGUUCAACAUUUCUGGGAUGGGGUGCAGUGCAACCAUUGUGGCCAUCGACUUGGUGCAGCAGCUGUUCAAGACCCACAACAAGGCUCUAGCCAUCGUGGUGAGCACAGAGUCACUCGGACCAAACUGGUACUGUGGGAAGGAGAGUUCCAUGCUUGUGGCCAGCUGCCUGUGCCGCUCCGGUGGGUGUUCAAUGCUGCUCACCAACAAUGGGAGCUUCAAGGGGAAAUCAGUGAUGAAACUGAACCAAUUGGUCAGAACCCAUUUGGGAGCAGAUGAUGAUGCUUACAACUGCUGCAUCAAAACGGAAGAUAAGCUUGGACAUCAAGGCUUCCUCCUCACCAAGGGACUCUCUAGAGCUACUUCCAUAGCCUUCACAUUGAACCUCAAGGUUCUGGUCCCCAAGAUACUCCCAGGGAAGGAUCUCCUGCUCUAUGUCUUCCACUCUUAUAGUCGAAAUAGGGCGAAAGACAGUACGGUUGCUAUUCCUUCAUCGAUUGAAGAAGCGGGAGGAGGGAUUAGCCUGAAGGCAGGAAUUGAACACUUCUGCAUACACCCUGGUGUGAGGGCACUGAUUGAUGGGGUUGGGAAGAGCUUGGGGCUGGAUGACUAUGAUCUGGAGCCGUCUCGAAUGGCAUUGCACCGAUUUGGGAACACAGCGGCUGCUGGGGUUUGGUAUGUGUUGGGUUACAUGGAGGCCAAGAAGAGGCUGAAGAGAGGUGACAGGAUACUGAUGAUUGGGUAUGGUGCAGGUUUCAAGUGCAACAGCUGUGUGUGGGAGGUGACUAGGGAUUUGACAGGUGGGAAUGUUUGGGAAGACUGCAUUGAUUCAUACCCUCUUCCUAAAGUCAAUGUGAGCCCUUUCCUGGGAAUGUUUGGUUAA